AUGGCGCGUGUCCCACUUAUCGGGAGACUGUUCUGGUUUGAGUACCUAGCGCUCUUUGGAUCUUUGAUUCUUGUUUCAUUAGAGACCAUCAUUCAUCUCAUAACUUGGUGUCUCCCAAGCCCAGUCAUCAACUUCUGCUAUGAUCAAUCCAAGGCAUUAUUCAAUCUCUUGAUGCCAACUGAGACUCGUCAUAAGCGCACGAAAGAGGAGAACUUUGCUCUUUCAAUUGCAAACGCAUCUGAUUUCACGGAGAUCUGCGCGCUCUUUGGAUACCAAGCGGAGGACCACAUUGUGCAAACGAAUGACGGCUAUCUCCUUGGGCUGCAUCGCUUGGCGUAUCGCAAAGGAGAAGAGCACAUUCGUGUCAAUCAAGGCCCGGGCGGAACCAAAAAGAAAGUUGUGUACCUCCACCAUGGACUGCUCAUGUCCAGCGAGGUGUGGGUGGCCUUGACAGAGGAACAACGAUGUCUCCCGUUCCAGUUGGUGGAACGAGGAUAUGAUGUUUGGCUGGGUAAUAACAGAGGAAACAAAUACUCGAAGAAAUCGACUCGGUUCUCACCUGGUUCAAACGAGUUCUGGGACUUUUCCAUUGACCAAUUCGCAUUCUCCGACAUUCCCAACAGCAUUGAGUACAUCCUCGAAGUGACCAAUCAACCAUCUUUAUCGUACAUUGGAUUCUCACAAGGGACAGCUCAGGCGUUCGCUACCCUCGCUAUCCACCCAUUGCUCAAUGAGAAGAUUGACGUGUUCGUCGCGCUGGCACCCGCCAUGGCGCCUUCUGGCCUGCGCAAUCGCAUCGUGGAUUCACUGAUGAAGGCCUCUCCCGAUUUUCUGUUCCUGCUUUUCGGUCGACGCAGUAUCCUAUCAUCGACAACCAUGUGGCAGACGAUACUCUACCCACCAAUCUACGUGCGCAUCAUCGACACCGCUCUUUCGGCUCUGUUCAACUGGAAGUGCAAGAACAUCAAGCGCACGCAAAAGCUAGCGGCCUAUAUGCAUUUGUAUUCCUUUACAAGCACCAAAUCGGUGGUUCAUUGGUUCCAAAUUAUCCGGAACAAGAAUUUCCAGUUCUACGAUGACGAGCUGUAUGCCCCCUUUAGCAUUGUGGCCAACGAACGCUUCUACAAGCCGGUCAAGUACCCAACGCGCAACAUCAAAACACCGAUCGUGCUGUUGUACGGUGACAGUGACAGUCUGGUCGACAUCAAUGUCAUGCUCGAGGGCCUGCCACAUGCCACGAGCGCCCAAGCGAUCCCGACCUACGAGCAUCUAGACUUUUUGUGGGCCUCCGAUGUUGACCGCCAAGUGUUCGGUUAUGUUUUCAAUGCGCUGGAGACACACAGCAAGGAGAUUGCAAGCGAAAGAAAUGGCGCACGCUCUGGAAGUGUCGACGGACGAGCCCCGAACACAUCCUCACGCAGGAACAAUUUACCUAACGGCGUUGCAUACGGCGCCAUAGUCUAG